GUAAUUUUCAGUGUAUUACGAAUGCUAUUAAAAUAAGUCGAAUCUAAUUUAAAACGAUUUGAUGGUUUCAUAUAUUCUUGUAAAAACUUACAAUUGAAUUGAAUAAAGAAUGAGAAACUUUUCGAAAAUGAAAAUAGCAAUAAUACUGAAUAUUCAAGUGUACUUUUAUAUAUUUUUCGCUAUCUUGUAUACUGAAGGAACAAAUAAUACAAAAAAAAGCGCUUAUAUAAUAAAUAAUUUACUACAAAUACCCGGAUGGAAGAAUAUUAAUGAUGUCAAACAUAUUAAAUAUAGGACGAAAGACAUUUAUCCAAACGAAAUAAUUAAUAAACCUGUAACAUUAUACAAUUGCGAUAAUUUCAUACGGCACGCAACAAUAUUCCUUGGAUGUUCUUACAGUCAUGAUUUAAAUGUGAUGUUUUUUGCACUUUUUAAUUUUCUUGAACAUUGUUGUAAGCUACUAAAAUCUGAUAAGGUUCGUGCACACAAAUGUACAGUAACACUUUUAGCAAAAAUAAUUGAAAUUGUUCCAAUGGCCAAAAUUAUGGAAGGAGCUUUAAAUGCUAUAGAACAAUAUCAUAAUAAGCCAAUGAACAUCCAAAGAAAACAUUGUGUUAUUUUAAGUGACGUUCUAACAUAUUUAAAGGAAAAUGAAAAUUUAAAAAAAUGUAUUCCUUUGAGUAUUGAUAAUUAUUCUAUUAAUGCAGCAUUAUUUAGAAUUAGGGAAAUUAUGUUAAUAAUGAAUUUAAAACUUGAGAAAAAUACAAGAUUUUGUAAACUAAUAUCUUUAGAUUUAUUUUCAUUGUGGAAUUUAUGGAAUAUGGAAUUCAACACAUUAAACUUUCUAGGAAAAUAUCAAGAACUAUUCAUUUUUCUUAGUGACAAAAUUAAUGAUUUAAUCUUAACGACAAUUUGUAAAAAGUACAUCGAACUUGGAUUUAAAUUUGAUUUGAAUACAAGUCAGACAUUAUUACCUAGUCCACCUUACAAUGACAACCAAGAUACUACACAAAAUCCAAUAAAUAUGAUACAAUAUGCCAAUGAAGUAAAUGCGAUGAAAAAUAUUGUACAAGAAUAUAUUAUACAAUACAAAAAUUCUAUAAAUUUGGUGCAACCUACCAAUGAAGUAAAUAAACAGGAUGGAAUUAAAAAAGAUGAUACCACUCAAAAUCCAAUAAAUUUGUCAGAACAUACCAAUGAAUUAAAUGCCCUAGAAGAUAUUCAACAACAUGAUGUCACGUGUGAAGCAAAAGAUGAUUCAAAUUUACAAAUUGAAUAUACUAAUGAUACGAGACCAUUUUAUACGUUCAUUUAAGUUAAUUUGAACAGAAUAAAUUUUUAUAUUAUCAGUUA